UCGUGUCCUGAGCCCAAGAUCACACAGUUUGCAGGACCUGAGGUGGUGAGGUCAAAUCAGCCUCUCUCUCCUUAGUUGGCUCAACAAACCACCUAAGAGCUUUCUAUCCUCUCGCCUGCACAUGCUAUUUUAAGGAAUAAGCAGAAAACAAACCAACAAAAACAAACACACCAAAAACUUUUCCCAAAUGAAGAGAACUCAUCUGUUUGUUUUGGGGAUCUAUUUGCUCUCCUCUUGCAGGGCAGAAGAGGGGCUGAAUUUCCCUACAUAUGAUGGGAAAGACCGAGUGGUGAGUCUUUCAGACAAGAAUUUCAAGCAGAUCUUGAAGAAAUAUGACUUACUGUGUCUCUACUACCAUGAGCCGGUGUCUUCAGACAAGGCCGCCCAAAAGCAGUUCCAGCUGAAGGAGAUCGUGCUGGAGCUCGUGGCCCAGGUCCUGGAACAUAAAGAUAUAGGCUUUGUGACAGUGGAUGCCAAGAAAGAAGCCAAGCUUGCCAAGAAACUGGGUUUCGAUGAGGAAGGAAGCCUCUAUAUUAUUAAGGGAGAUCGCACAAUUGAGUUUGAUGGCGAGUUUGCAGCUGAUGUCUUGGUGGAGUUCCUCUUGGAUCUAAUUGAAGACCCAGUGGAGAUCAUCAACAGCAAGCUGGAGGUUCAAGCCUUCGAACGCAUCGAGGACCACAUCAAACUCCUUGGCUUUUUCAAGAGCGAGGACUCAGAAUAUUACAAAGCUUUUGAAGAGGCAGCUGAACACUUCCAACCUUACAUCAAGUUUUUUGCCACCUUUGACAAAGGUGUUGCAAAGAAACUGUCCUUGAAGAUGAAUGAGGUUGACUUCUAUGAGCCAUUUAUGGAUGAGCCCAUUUCCAUCCCCAACAAACCUUACACAGAAGAGGAGCUCGUGGAGUUUGUGAAAGAACACCAGAGACCCACACUCCGUCGCCUGCGGCCAGAAGACAUGUUUGAAACAUGGGAAGAUGAUUUGAAUGGGAUCCACAUUGUGGCCUUUGCAGAGAGGAGUGACCCAGAUGGCUAUGAGUUCCUGGAGAUCCUGAAACAGGUGGCCCGGGACAACACCGACAACCCUGAUUUGAGCAUCGUGUGGAUUGACCCAGACGACUUUCCUCUGCUGGUUGCCUACUGGGAGAAGACCUUCAAGAUCGACCUAUUCAAGCCACAGAUUGGGGUGGUGAAUGUGACAGAUGCUGACAGUGUCUGGAUGGAGAUUUCAGACGAUGACGAUCUGCCCACAGCGGAGGAGCUGGAAGACUGGAUCGAGGAUGUGCUUUCUGGAAAGAUCAACACUGAGGAUGACGAUAAUGAUGCUGAAGAGGACGAUGACGAUGGGGAUGACGACGAUGAUGAUAAUUCUGAGGAAGAGGAUAAUGAAGACACUGAUGAUGAUGAUGAUGAUGAUGAUGGCGAGUAGCUCCAACUCCAAAUGAUUCUGAUGCAAACAAAAACACAGCUACCCGCUACCACAGAGACAGACCAAGGUGGCAGCAAGCAGCCCUGCCCCACACUCAGUCAGCGCCUUUCCUUUUUCCAACAUCUUUUCUCACUCCUUUCUCAUCAGGAGCAAAUGUCUUUCCAAAUCAGCAAUCCCACUUAGCAUGGACAAGGAGGGGAAUGGGUGCCUUGUUGACUCGUCCUGAUUGCCAUGGAUCACUUCUCUUGGUCUUCAUUAGAUCAUCAUAGAGUCACAGCCGUGCCAGAAUCGGGCAGUCUGGGGACAACUCCUUAACACUCCUGCUCAGGUUUACUUGUCGUCUUUGACAAUGAUCGUCACAGAACCAACAAUUGGCAAACUCAGAAGCCUGGAGUGACCUUGUAAUCAGAGCCUGGGCAAAACAGACGAUUACUCAAUUUAGCCCCCAUAUCUAGAACAUCAGUGAACUCACCUCUAUUGAGAGGCCUUGGGCAGGUAUCUUCUUCAUUUCUAGCAUAUUAGGAUCCUGAGAUGGGUGGUUGAUUUAUUCUCCAAACUUCUGGCUAUGUGAGAAGUCUCAUAGUCACCAGCAGCUGGUGGCAGGGAGACAAAGAAUUAAAAGCUCUUAAUUUUUCUGAUGCGGAUAGGCUCACGUCUCCAAAUAAGCUCGGAACUGAAUACCCCUUCUCUGCUACUGCUAGUGAACCUUCUCAUUUAAAGUUUGCUUUAUCCAGUAGUCAAUAACUCCCCAUUUAUCAGCACUCCCACAGUUGACCAGGUUAACAAUAAUUGGAGUUCAUAAUGAUCCCCCCAAAGCACCGAAAAAAACCCAGAGUGUCUUCUGAACUGCCUAAAAGUUCAUUGUGCUUGGUAGUGUUAGCAUUGAGUGUGCAGUAUAAAGUUCCAAUUUUUUUUUUUCAAUCUGUAACACAUAUGAAACUGCAAAUUCUUUGUGAA